AUGCAAGUGUCAGCACUACAAAUCAGCACGAUUAAGGCACUUCACCAGUAAAACUGCUUUAAGACUCAAGUUCAUUAUAUGGAAAUUUUAACAUGUGAAGAACUGUAUUGUGCAAAUCUGCUUAAAAAUCCUAUUAGUUUCUAAACAGAUCUAAUGAGAAUCUAAAUUAAGAAUUCAAGCAUAGAUCUCAAUCACCUAUUGAAGCUCCUUGAGAAAGUAGCUAGCUAAGAAUUGGUGUUAUUAAAAGAUUCAAACACGCAACUUGAAAAUUAACUAUAAACUAUUAAUAAUCAUUUGAAAGAUGAUAUUGAAGAAAAAGCAGACUAGGAUCCUACCUCAAAAGUAGGAAAAAUACAUAACUUCUACUAAAAUUUAUUCGUUUCAUAGUUAAAGGAAGAAGUCAAUAAAACUACUCAAGAAUUUAAUGAACUUUUAAGACAAAGAAAGGAGAGUACUCUUUCUAAUCAUCUGUAUUUAUGUGAUUAGUCACAAACUCAAUUAAUAAGCGAUUAAUCUCAGUAAAACCUGAAUAUGCACAGAGAACAUUCAAAUAAAUACUAACACACAAGUGCAACUCACUUUAUAAAUGAGAAUGUUUUUAUGACUUCAUUCCUCCAUUUAGAUAAAGCAGUUUAAAAGCUAAACUCAAUUGAUUCCUUAGAUCAAUUCUUUAUGAACCUAGAGGAUGCUCUAAUAGAUAUAUUUCAUUAGGCUAUGGUCCGUAUUAUGAUGGUAGAUAAAGACAUUUAAAAUCUAUACAAACAGGAAAAAGAUGAGUAAUUUAAAAAUGAAAACUAAACAAAAGACAAUCUUACGACUUCCUACUUCUUGGAUGAUGUUAGAUUCGAGAUAAUAUCCUCAAUAAAAAAUUAGCAAAAAUAUCCAAAAUAAAAAAUAAAGAUACCAUAGGUAGUAGAUCUGGAAAAAGGUUUAUUUUAAAAGCACAUAUUCGCUUUUCCAGUUAAAGCAAAUAUAAAUCAAACAUAAAAGUAAGGUUUUGACAAGUCAAAAAAUCUUCCAUUGAUAUACAUAUACAUUGAAAACAAAAAUAUAGCAUUUACAACUAAUGAUGAAGUAAUAGCUAAUCACUUUUAGGUUUUCCUCUCAGCUAUCUUCGAGAAGUUAUUUUUCUUCAAAAUGUACUAAUAUACUCGCUUCUAGAAUAUUUAAAUGCUCAACCUUUGCAACAAUAUAUCUUAGUAAAAAACUCAUUUAAAACUUUAAAGAAGCCUAAGAGAGAAUCUACCCUCAAUUUUCGACUUUAAAUAGGUUAACAUACUCUUCAGGGAUCCUUUUAAACUCUAAAACAACUCUUUAUGCUAUUUGAAAGAGGAUACAGCUUUAAAUGAUUAGUUUUAAAGAAACCAGAAGUAUUCUGAUUAAGUAGUUCGAGUGCCAAGUGAUGUUGGAAUUACAGGCCGAGCUAUUAAGGAUAAAAAGUGUUUAUUGAGUGUUAAAGGCAGCUAUGAUAAUAGAUUCAGGUUUGAAAGUGAUAACCCUAUGGAUUUGACUUAUAUACAAAAUAUAUUGAUUGUGCCAUUGUUUAUGAAUAUUAAUGGAUAAGAAGAAUUAAUGGGAGUUAUUUAAUUCUUCAACAAAAUUAAUCAAGACCUUAUACAUGAGAUAGAUUAUGGAUUAAUAGAAGCAGUAGCUUCAAUUGUAGGUGCUGUGAUUGAGACAGCAGAUGAACUUCAUUCUUCUUGGAUGAUUAUCUAUGAGCUUAGAGAAUAAGUAACAAAGCUAAUGACUAGUAUCUAAAAGGGAUUAUUUGAAGUUGAAUCAUAGGCUAAGGUUUAUAAAGAAGCAAACUAAUGUUUAUUUGAUGCUAACAUUGCGAUUAAAUAGCUUGUAAAGUCAAAGAAGAACUAAUUCAUUGCAGAGUUGGUAUCGCUUAAAAAUUGCGAGUUUAUUUCCAAAAAUAGCUUAAAUGAAAAAAUGGAGGAUGGAAUGAGAGUGAGAUUAAAAAAUAAAAGGUCAUCUAUGAGGUAGAGUGACAACUAUUGA